CCCAAAGUUUGUGACGAUAGAAGAUUUUCUCUUGUUUAUCUCUCCCAACACUGUUUCAUUCUUGAACUAUUUAUGAGUAGCACUAGCUAGCACUCAAUACAAUACAACAACAACAACAACAAAAAAACAUACCCAAAAAUCACACAUAACCACUCCAAACUCCUCCAGCUUCCACCAUAGCAUGAGUAAUGGCCACUACACCUUAUCCACAACCACCUUCACGUGGCUUUCUAAACACAAUACAAGAAAUCACCAAAAUCUAUACCUCACUACCACCUAGACCUUCCAUACAAGAAGUAGAAGCUGCCACGUCAACACUUGAUACUCUUAACAACUUGGAACAAACCAAACUCCAAGAAAUAUCAACUCAAAAACCACCACAUGAUGUUCCUCAUGACCUUUUCUCUGUUCUUCAACAACUCAAGAACACCAUGGUACACUUUCAAACUCAUCAACAGAGGAAAGAAGCACUUCACCUUCUUCAACUUGAAAACAUGUUUCAAACCUUUGGUGAUCUCAUUCUUAAAGCUUCUCAAUUUGUUUCUCCUGCUGAGGAUAUGCACAAAAAGAAACUUCCAACUUUAAUAGAAGAUGUGGUUAACUAUGAAAAGGAGGAAGAGGAAGAACCACAAAAGAGUGAUUUUGUUGGUGAAAAGGGUUCCUUAGUACACAAGCCAUUUUUGUCAACAGGAGAUGGAAACACUGAGAAAUUGAGUCUAAUGAAAGUGGCUACUGUAAUUGAAAAUUGUGCAAUCAAUAAAACCACAAUCCUUGAACUUAGAGGGAAAUUAGUGGAUCAAAUGGAAUGGUUACCUCUAUCAAUUGGAAAAUUAUAUGAUAUCACUCAAAUAGACCUAUCUGAAAACAGAAUCAUGGCUCUUCCAACAACAAUUGGGGGUCUAAAAGCUUUAACAAAGCUUGAUCUUCAUUCAAACCAACUCAUAAACCUUCCAAACUCAUUUGGUGAAUUAAUUAACCUUAUUGAACUUGACCUUCAUGCCAAUAGAUUAAGAUCACUUCCUUCCACUUUUGGAAAUUUGACAAAUCUCAUUGAUCUUGACUUGAGUACUAAUGAUUUCACACAAUUACCUGAGACAAUUGGAAGUUUAAGUAGUUUAAAGAGAUUAAAUGUUGAGACCAAUGAGCUUGAGGAACUACCUUUUACAAUUGGAAAUUGUUCUUCACUAAGUGUGCUUAAGCUUAAUUUCAAUCAGCUUAAAGCACUUCCUGAGGCAAUUGGGAAACUUGAAUGUUUGGAGAUUCUUACUUUGCACUAUAAUAGAAUCAAGAGGUUGCCUACAACAAUUGGUGGUCUAAGUAAUUUGAAGGAACUUGAUGUUAGUUUUAACGAACUUGAAUUUGUACCGGAAAACUUGUGUUUCGUUGUUAGUUUGAAGAAACUAAACUUGGGAAAGAACUUUGCUGACUUAAGAGCCUUGCCACUUUCGAUCGGAAAUCUUGAAAUGCUUGAGGAGUUGGAUAUAAGUGAUGAUCAAAUAAUAGCUUUGCCAGAGUCUUUUAGAUUUUUGUCCAAGUUGAGAGUUUUUCGGGCCGAUGAGACUCCUCUUCAGGUACCACCAAAAGAAAUUGUUAAGUUGGGUGCUCAGGAAGUUGUGAAGUAUAUGGCUGAUUAUGUCACCAAUAGGGAUGCAAAGCUUUUGCCGUUAAAGAAGAAAAAGAAGGGAUUUUGGGUGUGGUUUUGUUCCAUAUUUUGUACUCAACAUAAAUGAUGUUUCAAAAAAACCAUGUCGUUAAUUCUUGUUUCCUUAAAUUACAUUUCAUCUAUUGCAUAUGUUUGGAACACCUUGAUGUUCAUUGGAAAUAGUUAUCUCUAGGCAAGUUUUGGGUUUGCCUUAUAAAUGAGUGAUUGUGACAUUUGAUUUUAUGUUACUAAUUAUGUGCACAUAAGGUGAGUGUUUGUAACUUUUGAUUUUCGGUUGCUUUUGUCAUUUGCAAAUAAAAUGAUUAUAUGGUUGAUAUUGUA